UCAACAUCAUUUGGGAAAUAUUUAAAAAACAAAACAAAAACAAAACCAAGAGCACACCCUCUGAGCGCGUCAUAGGCUCAGUGUGUUUACAGUGAAUGUCUGGCAGGGUUGUUUAAGACUUACCGUAAAACAGGUUGUAAGUUUCUAUUUCUCUGCUCCUCCUGUGUCACCGAAUUGCGUAAUGAUCUUAAGUAAGGUGUGCAGUUUUGCAUUCCAGUUCUGUCCGUCACAACGACACGCUCUCAUUUCUAUUGACAGAUCCACUAGCCAUUUUUCCCCCCAUGUUGUAGGUACCUGGUAAAAUGUUGAGCGGGUUUGCCGAUUUGAGCCUGGAGGAUGAAGUGGAAGACAUGGACACAUCCGACACACCGUGGUUUUGGUUUUACAAGGCAAAGUGUGGCAUCUGGCACAGAGUUGAGGACGACCCAAAGAAUUUUAUGUCCAGUGACGAUCUGGACCGUUAUUACCUCAGAAACCCAACAGGUGUGGUAAACGUGACUGCUGCUGGAGCUCAGUUCGAGGUUAACUUUGCAGAAAGCAUGCAGGUGAAUUUAAAAACUGGGAAAAGCAGGAGGAUUAAACGCUCAUUUCAGACUGGGAGUCACAUAAGAUGCAAAUGUGACGACAUUUCGCCGUCGAUACCAGCACACUGGGAGAGCGUCGAUCCCAAAAAACCUUUUCAGGUGACAGGAAGUGCUCAUCGCAAAGAUAAAUCACUGUCAGACGCUUUAACUCUGAACAAGUGCUUCUUUCCCGCUCAGCUAAUCUCUCUGAGAAAAGACAGCAGCGAAUAUCAGAAGAUGGAGAGAUAUGCCAGGGAAGACGGUUUACUGCAAGAUCCCAUUAUAUCCAUCAGCAGAAUACAAAAUGUGGACCUCUGGGAGUUGUUUUGUAGGAGAAAAAUCCAUAUGAUGAGGACAAAAGGACAAUCUCAUAUCGAGGAGCAAAAUCUUUUUCAUGGCACAAAAGCUAAAAACUUGCCAUCUAUUUGCACAUAUAAUUUUAACUGCAGACUCUCAGACAAGAGAAGAGUUGGGCAUGUAUUAGGAAAAGGAACGUAUUUUGCCAAACAUGCAGCUUUGGCAUCCGGAUAUAGUGACAAGACUCCCCAGGGAACCAAAUUAUUGCUGAUCGCCCGGGUUAUUGUCGGGAAAUACAAAGCAGGCCGUUAUGAUUACUGUACGCCUGAUGAUGACCAGGGUGAAAAUGUUCACAUCCAUGACAGUUGUGUAGAUAAUGUUCACUUUCCGAGGAUUUUUGUCAUCUUUGAUUCCAACCAGAUUUAUCCGGAGUACGUGCUUGAAUAUCGCGGCCGCUGAUUUCAGAUCAGCAUCAGUGCAAUAAUGAGUGCUGGAAGAACUAGAGAACAUGGGCCAGAUUUACUAACUCCUUAAACAUAAAAAAAAAAACGAUUGGAAUUUAUUAAUGUUAUUAAAAAUUUUAGAUGAAAUAUCAUGGAUCGACCACAUUGCGUUUACAUUUGUAGGAGUUUCACUGUCCUAACUAUUUUAUAUGAGAGCAAUUUAAAGAGCCUCUAUUGUGCAUUAUAAAGGGGCUGAUCUGCAUGCAAGGUCAAAAAACACUUUCGCAUUUAUGUUUACCUAAUUAUCCCAAUGAUCAUUCAUUUGUUCCCAAACUCCUUCUUUGUGAUUGGUCGGCUGCAUUCAGCGUGAGACUGAAAAAGAAACGCCCACCACGGUCAUGAAGUCGCAAGUGUACAGAGUAGAUGUGUGAGCCCAAUGCAGGAGAGCAUUAAACCAAUGCACUCCUAACCUCAACGACAAGUAAUAACAACGACAAACGUUCAGUAUUAUGCCCCCCACCUCCACACAUCCUGACUUUAGUCUGUUAUCACUCCCACCCCCAGUCCUCACUUUUGUCCGUGAUCUGGAUCUCACUUUAGUCCGUUAUCACCUCCACCCACAGUCCUAGCUUUAAUCUGCGAUCACCCCUACCCCUGGUCCUCACUUUAGUCUGUUAUCACCCCCACCCAACAGUCCUCACUUUAACCCUCGAUCACCCCCACCCACGGUCCUCACUUUAGUCUUCAAUCACCCCAAACCCUGGGCCCGGUUUUUCAAAAGGUUUAAUCCGGAUAAAAUUGAUCGGAUUCAGUAAUCCUGUUUUUGCGAUCCGUGAUCACGUAAUCCAGCUUACUUUUUGAGCCAG